UGGAGGAUUGCUGUUGUGUGUGUGUGAACUGUACCUGUUUGCGUACAUUUGGGUGCUGCUUGCUAUAAAUAGUGCCCGCUUGUGGCCCGGUCGGUGAUUCUGUGGGAGACCAUGGCUGCAUCAGGACCUCCUCUGCUCUGCUUUCUGUCCCUUUUGCUGCUGCUGCUUUUGAGCAAGGCGUCCCUGCCUGCGGCUGCAUACACACUCAUCCCAGCACAACAGCCACAACACAAAGUCCUCCAGCUGGACUGGCCACAGGAUUGCGGCAUGCCCCACUUCAAGCCAAACAUGAUUGAGAGGAUUGUCUCCGGAAAUGAGGCCAGACCUCACUCCUGGCCCUGGCAGGUCUCUCUGCAGGUUCGACCCAGAGGAAGUAAACACUACAUCCAUGUCUGUGGAGGAACUCUCAUCCAUAAGAACUGGGUGCUCACUGCAGCUCACUGCUUCCAGAAGGGUAAAGCGGAGGAUCCUGGGAGCUGGAGGAUUGUCCUUGGGAAGCACCAGCUGAAGCGCUCAGAGUCUGCAGAGAGGAUUUUCCCCAUCAAGAGGAUCUACCGGCACGAGAACUUCCGCUAUCCUGCUCACAGCGAGCUGGACUACGAUAUCGCGCUGGUGAAGGCCGGCACGGACAUCCUGCCUUCAAACUUCAUCCGCUAUGCCUGCCUGCCGCGCAAGCAGAGCCCCCUCAAACCGGGGCACUACUGCUGGGUGACGGGCUGGGGAGACACCAGAGGUGGGAAGGAGAACGUCUCGUUGGCGGAAGCGCUGAAUCAAGCCCGUCUGCCCAUCAUCGACUUCAAAACUUGCCGGCAGAAGAAGUUCUGGGGCGACCGUGUCCGGGACUCCAUGAUCUGUGCCGGGUUCAGGGACACCGAGGGCCCGCCUGCGGCGUGUCAGGGCGACUCGGGUGGUCCUCUGCUGUGCCAGCUCGGCCGUGAUCGCUGGGAGGUGCACGGGGUGGUGAGCUUUGGCCCCAUCGGCUGCACCGUGGAGAACAAACCCAGCGUCUUCACCCGCACCACCGCCUACAUCCCCUGGAUAGAGGCGACCCGCAUCAGGGACUUCUUCCUGCACUGAGAGGGCCCUGCUGACUCAGCAAAACCUGAACCUCGGCUCCCUCACACCGUUCCUUUUUCCACUGAGCAAACACUUCACAAUAUAAAUAUGAACUCUAAACGUGCAGCUAGUUUUCGUUUGCGUACAUUGGCAUUUACAAGUUACUUUCUGCAAUAAAAGCGAUAAAAAAGCU